UUCAUCUUCAUUAAUUUCCAAUGAAAGUUUUAGUUGACUACCAAUUGAUACAUAUAUACAUAACACAAGUUGUACACUUAUACAUCAAUUGAGACAUCGAGGUCAGGAUGGAAAGCGAGCAUGGGGGCGUGGUGGUCAAGGGAAGGGCGAUCAUUGAUACACGGCCACCUUUCCGGUCAGUUAAAGAAGCAGUCGCGUUGUUUGGGGAGAGGGUGCUAGUUGGGGAGAUUUAUGCCAAGCAACUCAAAGAGAUACAACAAGUGCCCAAGAAGGAAGAUUUGGAGGAAAAAAAAGUGGAAAUCGUAUCGAGUGAAUUAGAAGAAACGAAGCAAAGUCUACAAAAAGCAAGAGAAGAAGGCAAUUACAUGGCAAAUUGUCUAAAAUCACUAAAACAACAACUUGAAGAAACAAAGAGAGAGCUUCAUACUUUGAAAGCUGCAAAAGAUGUGGUAAAAGAUCAUCAUCAUCACACGAAAGCAAUCAAUCCGGAGAUUGAAGAGCUCAAAUUUGUUGAGACUAACGCUAAUAAAUUCGAUAAUAAUAAUCGCGGUAUUAGUUAUGAUCAUCAACAAGAAUUAUUCCAAAAGAAAAAGUUUGUAACAUUUGCAAGUCCACCCUCUUUAACUAGAGAAAUCAAGCAAAAUGAUGAAAGAACAAGCAAGUUGGAAAGAUCUUCUUCUUUUAGGAAGGAUGGAAAGAAAAAGCCGAGUGUUGCAAUUAUGGGAUGGCUUUUUUCUAGGAAGAAAAGAAGUGAUGAAGGUAAUCUCGAACGUUCUCCUAAAGUUUGAAGAGCUAGCUAGUAAUGAAUAAAAUUACCUAGCUAGCUACCUCGGUCUGGAUUUAGAAAUUGCAUUAUUAUUUAAAAUUAUACUAUCAACGUAAUAGUUGAUUUUGGCAAUGGAGUGAAUAAUUGUAAUUUCAAUCAAGAUUGAGGGAUAAAAAAAAUAGUAUUGGAUAUUGCGAUAACGCAUACUCCAUAUAUCUUGGAGUGUUAUAUCCAUUUAGGUUUUCCAAAUUUUGUUUAUUACUUCGUGCUUCUUCAAUUGAGCAACACCAUAUGCCAAUAUGAUUGGACAUUACUUCUAUGUUACAAUUUCCAAAGAGUAUUUCUUUUUGAUAUUGAUGAAAUAUAUUCUCUCUCCUUCAAUCAAUUAUGGAGUAUAUCAAAGCAGAAAAGCUAAAUGGUCUAAAUGGGUUGAUUAUUUUUUUUUAAUUUUUUUUUUGUAAAAAGCAUAGGCAUGAAAAUAAAAAGAAGAAAGUUGCAAUUGUAACCAUGGGACUAAAGGUGGGCAUGACUAGGCUAGCACGAGGGUCUGUAAGAUAAGGCACGAAAAUGGGUUGAUCAAAUAUGGGUGUGACACGAUAUGAAAAGCAGGUAAGCGGAUAUAUAUUGUACACGAUCUAUAAUUUUCAAGAAAUAACUCAAAAGGAUAAUAGAAAAAUUACAUUUUAAAGAACCAGUCAAUUGUAAUAAAUACGAAGUAAAAUCUUAAUUUUUUUUUGAAAGAAGUAAAAGCUUAAUCAAUUACAUUAUACUAAAGGCGAAACCAGAAAUAAC